AUAAAAGCCUAUAUUGUGUACAAAGCAAGUGAACGAUGGCAUUAUUUCGCUUUUCGGGAAUUGGUUUCGCAAUCAUAUGUUUAUUGAUUAUACAACUCAAUCAAGUGGACUGUCAUUCGUGGCAAAAGCCUGGCUGUCAUAAAGUCGGACACACACAGAGGAUAAGUAUUCCGGAUUGCGUUGAGUUUGACAUAACGACAAACGCCUGUCGAGGAUAUUGUGUCUCGUUUUCCAUCCCAUCCAAUGAAGCGACACUUAAAGUGAAUCCAAACCAAUUGAUUACAUCUGUCAGUCAGUGCUGUAAUAUUAUGGAGACAGAAGAUGUGAAGGUUCGUGUGAUGUGUUUGGAAGGACCGCGAGAUCUAGUCUUCAAGUCAGCGAAAAGCUGUUCCUGUUUUCACUGUAAGAAGAAUUGAGACAAAUGUUAACCAAAUUCUGUAUUCAUUUUACUCACAAAACACAAAAGAUCUCGUUUUUGGACAAAAAGCACACCAAUUUUUUUCGCUCUCA